CGCACGAGCUGAAGGCGCGAAUUGAUGAUGUUCGAUUUAUGUUUGAAGUAAAACAAAAUUGGAGAACUAUUUAAACAAAAAUUCAUUUCCUCAAUGUAUUAGGAUUAAUUGCUUAAAAUGGCAUCAUCACCGUCAGAGUAUACCAUUGGUGGAGUGAGAAUUCUUUUUCCAUGCAAGGCAUAUCCAUCUCAGCUUGCCAUGAUGAAUUCAAUCAUUCGUGGUUUGAACUGCCAACAGCACUGCCUGUUAGAAAGUCCUACCGGAAGUGGAAAGAGUCUUGCAUUGCUUUGCUCUGCACUGGCCUGGCAGCAGUCUCAAUAUGAGAAAACUGGAAAAGGAAAUUGCUUCAAUGACUGUAAGAAACAAGAAAGCCCACUUGUCUGUUUCUGUGUCUGUCACGGAACGAAAAUACCUCCUGAUCCAACAGCAGUGACAGAACAGGUCAGCUCAACUGCUGCAGAAAAUGAAAAACCCUCAAGUUUAAAUCAAGAUGCUGCAUAUAGUCCAAGGAAUACAUUGUCCUCCAAACUGCAUACCAUGAUGAAAGCAGCUUUAAAUAAGAGUGAUGAUGAUUUUCAGUCAGAGAAAAAGCGAAUGCGUAUGCCUGUAAAUGAUCCAAAGAUUCGAAAGCGGAGGUGCUUUGAGAAAGGAGUAUUUUAUAUUGAUUGCGAUGAUGUGACUUUGGAUCAAGGGGAUACUGGAUCAUGCAAGAUGAAUGUAAAUUCUGAGGAACCACAUGUUUUACAUUCCCCACAAGUUUCUCGCCCCUGUAACCUGUGCACUUGCAGUUUGAAGACAAAUGGAAAUGAUGAAAGUGUUGCAAAAGGGAAGAAUAAUGUAAAAUCACAAGUCCCAAAAAUAUUUUUUGGCACUCGCACACAUAAACAGAUAACACAAGUCACUCAUGAACUUCGGCGUACAGCUUACUCGUAUGUUCGAAUGACCAUCCUGUCCAGUAGAGAUCACACCUGUGUACACCCUGAGAUCUCUAAUAGUUACAAUAGGAAUGAAAAAUGCAAGGAACUCCUAGAGGGGAAAAAUGGAAAAUCAUGCCGUUACUAUCAUGGUGUCCAUAAAAUGAAGGAACAAAGUUCUUUACAGGGGAUUCAUGGUUUGCGAGUUGCUUGGGACAUUGAAGAGUUGAUAAGCCUGGGAAAGAAGCUUCGCUCAUGUACUUACUUUGUGGCACGUGAAUUGAUGCAAGAGGCAGAUAUUGUAUUUUGCCCAUAUAAUUAUCUUCUGGACCCACAAAUAAGGGAGAGUAUGAAGAUUAACUUGAAAGGCCAAAUUCUUAUCUUUGAUGAAGCACAUAACAUUGAAGACUGUGCAAGGGAAUCUUCUAGUUUUAGUGUCACAGAAAAUCAGCUGUUAUUUGCUCGCGAAGAAUUGGACGCCAUGGUCAACCAAAACAUCAGGAGAAGUGAUCAUGAGGCACUGAGGGCUGUCUGUUAUAGUUUUACAAACUGGCUAAAGGAGAGUUCUGGCCAUCUGGUGGAGCGGGAAUUUGAAACAUCUUGCAAAGUCUGGAAUGGGAAAGAAAUGAUAAAUAUUUUUCACAACUGGGGAUUAACUAGUGCUACAUUUAAUAUGCUGCAGAAACGUCUGGAUGCUGUGAUAGAGAAGGAAGAAAAGAUAGUGGUGCUGAAUGGACAGGAGGAGUCAGUAACGGUUCCAACUAUAAGUGCUUCAACACAAAUGGUGCUGAAAGGACUCUUCAUGGUACUUGAUUUUUUGUUCAGGGACAACAGCAGUUUUGCAGAUGACUAUAGGGUGGCAGUGCAGCAGGUUUAUACAUGGACCAACCAGCCAGAUUUUAUUGAUGAAAAUGGAUUCUUUGUACGGCCUCAGAAGAGGCGAAAUGCACGUAAGAAGUCUGCUGUACUGUCCUUGAACUUUUGGUGUUUAAAUCCAGCAGUGGCUUGUUCAGAUCUUAAUGUUGUUAGAUCAAUCAUUCUAUCGUCUGGAACUUUGUCCCCAAUGGAAUCAUUCUCUUCCGAGUUGGGUGUGAAGUUCAGUAUCCAGCUGGAGGCUAAUCAUGUAAUUGAUAACUCUCAGGUCUGGGUAGGAACAAUUGGAAUGGGACCAACUGGACGAAAACUCUGCGCUACUUUCCAACAUACUGAGACGUUUGAGUUCCAGGAUGAGGUUGGAGAUUUGCUGCUGAAGAUUUGCCAAGUUAUCACUCAGGGUGUACUCUGCUUUCUGGCUUCCUACAAGAUGCUGGACAAGCUGCAAAGUCGCUGGAUGCUCACAGGAUUAUGGGGGAAGCUGGAGGAAAUAAAGACAGUCAUUGUCGAGUCAAAAGGAGGUGACAAAAGUGACUUUGAUGCAUUGCUGCAGUCGUACUAUAACGUAAUAAAGGAUGGGGAAAACAAAGGUGGAGCACUCUUGGUAGCUGUUUGCAGGGGAAAAGUCAGCGAAGGGCUUGAUUUCACUGAUGAUAAUGCUCGUGCGGUAGUUACAAUAGGAAUUCCUUUUCCAAAUGUCAAAGACCUUCAGGUGGAAUUAAAGCGGAAAUAUAACGACCAGCAUUCAAGAACACGUGGUCUGCUUCCUGGUAGUCAGUGGUAUGAGAUUCAGGCAUUUCGAGCAUUGAAUCAAGCCCUUGGAAGAUGUAUCCGACAUAAGACUGACUGGGGAGCACUGAUCCUGGUUGAUGACCGAUUUAGAAGUAAUAACAAAAAAUAUAUAACAGGACUGUCAAAAUGGAUCCGUCGGCAAAUUCAACACCAUCCAAAUUUCAGCUGUGCUCUAGAUUCAUUGACCAUGUUUUCCUAUGCUCAGCAAAAGAUUGUUGAUGAUUUACCCAAGAUCCUCAAUAGAAUGCCAGCUAUUGCAACUGGAUGUUCAAAUGAAAAUUUUCCAAAGCCUGCAGAGGAUAAGAACAAAGAUGGUCAGUCACUGAUUGUCAGCCCUCAAACCUCAUUAGAAAAUAAUAUUUUGAAGAGCACCCAACCCAAAGCCUACAUAGAAAAAGAAAAGAAUAGUCCCAGUGCAUUUCCUACAUCUCCCUUCUGCAAUACCAGCAAAGUGAGCAUCAGAGGAAGACCAGGUAACAAGAGAGAGAAUUCUUCUGCAGGCAAUAUUACCAAGACUCCACUCUUCAAAAAUUCUAGUACCAAAAUGAAAAGUGAUGUCUCAAGAAUAGCAUCAGCAUUCACCACGCAGUGUUUCAGUAAAAAGCCCUCGACUUCAGCACCCAUUCAGUCACAUUUUCCAAUCGUAGAAUUGAUGCAGGAUGAUGAAUACAAAAAAGAUCAAUGUAACUCUGUCACACAGAGACAGCAAGAAAUGGAAGUAACUUCAUUACAGUUUGAGUCUCUGUUGCAUAGAGAUACAAAUACAUCAAUAAGUUUUAAAGAGGAUAUAUUAUUAAAUGCAGCGCCAUGUCUAUUUGAGAAUAAUAAGGACAAUCAAACGGCUUACGAUAGUAGGGGAAAUUCUUAUAACAGCUCCGUGGAUGCAUUACCUUCCUCUGUUGUGGAAUUAUCCUUUGAUGAUGAAGGAAAAAUGACGGAAAUACAACCCUUGAUUGACAAUGAUAGGCAGCAGCCUAUGGAAGCAGAAGAGGGUGUUCAGGUUGAGACAUCGUGCUUCACCCCAGAGCUUUUUGACCAAGAUUCAGAAGAAAACUGUUCAGAAACAGUGAUUGCUAGUUCACCAUGCACACAAAAAGAUGAUGACAUCCAUGAUCAUACUGUUAUGCCUGAAAUCAUAGGAAGUGAACGUGUGGAGAUCUUUCAGCGUACAAAUGACGGAUCCAGUAGCAGAACGACAGAAUUCAGGGAAAAUAAUAAAACAUGUUCAGGUUUUGAAUGGAAGAAAGCUGAACCCAGUGGUCUGUGUUCAAAUUUGGAAGUGAAAGACAAAAGUAUAUCUGAAUUAGCUGUUCCAGUUGACAAUGAGGAGGAGAUCAACACUAGAUACCAGGAGGGUGCCAAAUUGAGAAAUACUGACAAAGUAGCCACAAGCAGGAAUCAUAGACUGUCCAGAUCUAGAAAUAAAGGAACUAAUACUGCUUCAGCUUCAUCUGGUGGAGAAGAGCAAUCAGCUUUUCCUGUUGAGUUUCCAAAGGCUUUAUCAAAGCCUUCUUUCCUAAAAGGGCAAGGAAUUUGUUCAGAGGAGUGCAGCACUUUCCUAAGAAAUAGAAGAAAGUCUGCAGAUGAGGAUAAACAGCCAGUACAAAGUACAUUAGCCGAGGUUGAAGAUAUUCUGAAAAUGCCAAAUAAGAUAUUAAGUGAAAAACAAAAGGACUGUUCCAUUAAGUGCAACAAACUCCAAAAACAAAGCAAAGUGACAUCAUGUGAAAGGAACUGUCUGAUAGAGGGGAAGAUUAGAAGGCCUCAUGUUAGGGAAAUUGUCCAGGGAGUAAAAGAGAAUUCAUUUGUGGAGGAAGUAUCAGAAAGAUGCACUUCAAAUGGAUCAAGCAUGAAAAUUAAUUUUAAGGAAAAUACAGGAAAAAGUAAAUCUAUUUCAUCUCAUGUAACUGGUUGUAAGAAUCGAAGGAAAAUUAGAAGAGCAGAAAAUCUAUCUUUAAUUCAACCGAAUUAUAGACUGAGAAGUAGGUCUGUAAAUAUGCUUUCUAUAAGACCCUAUCAAAAGAGAACAGAUGGAAGAACCCUAAAUUGUGUAAGUAAUGGUAAGGGCAGCCUUGUUAGUCAGACUGUUGAAGCAUAUGACCAGUUGUACAGUAAAAGGUCCAGCAAAGGACUUUUUCCCAAGGAAUAUAAAAGUAAGAUUAAAAUGUCUCGUGAUUUUAAAACAAUGGCAAGAAUUCAAUUAAAAGAAAAAAGACGAAGGAACUGUUACAGCAGCCAGCUGUUGGCCAAUUCCUUGUGGCAUGAAGGAGAACAUAAUAGAAAUUUAAAAUCUAUACGAGAGAAAGCACCCAUUAUUCAGUUUGAAAUAUUAAUACCAGAGGAGUGCUCUUCCCCAUUGAAAUUAGCCCAGGUACAGCACAGUGAAGAUAAUGUGGAAAAUUCAAUUUCAGCCAUAAGUUAUAAAGAAAGAAAUUUGAGGGCUGUCCUACAUGAUAAAUAUUCUGAACCAAUGGACAAACUACCUCAACCAGAAGAACAUACAAACAUAGAUGAAAUUAAUCCUGAUAUCAAUGUAGGUGAUGUUGCUCUUAUUGUAAAGGAAGCAUCAGGAAAUAACUCAUCAGCUAUGAAACAAAUGACCUCUAACACAAAAAUGAAAAAAAACAUCUCAGAAGGUGAGAAAUGCAACUCUUAGAUGCUUAGAUUACAAAGUUAAUUAGUUUUUUUGGGGGGGGGAAUUUAAUUUAGAAAAUGUUUAGUCUACAAUAGUCGAUUUUUUUUGUAAUAAGUUGAAUUUGAUUUUAAAAAAAGGCAUCCGUUAGUCUUGCGAGACCAUGGAUCUGUGCCUGGAAAGUCUUCACUCUCCAGGGCGCAGGCCUGGGCAAGGUUGUAUGGAAGACCAGCAGUUGCCCAUGCUGCAAGUCUCCCCUCUCCACGACACCAAUGUUGUCCAAGGGAAGGGCAAGGACCGAUAUAGCUUGGCACCAGUGUCGUCGCAGAGCACUGUGUGGUUAAAUGCCUUGCUCAAGGACACAGCAUGUUGCCUUGGCUGGGGCUCGAACUCACGACCUUCAGGUCGCUAGUCCAAUGCCUUAACCACUUGGCCACAUUAAUGUAUAGGUAAACAAGAGCAUAGUU